UCUCGCACACAAGGUUUUCACCUCUUUGACAGAUCGACAGGACAGCAGAAGCAGGUUGUAGUGAGGCAUCUCGUCUUCGGAGGAUCUCAGCUUCUCGUCAGGAUGGCAGCAGGCAGCGUGUGGAGGUCACUGGUAAGCCGGGGGAUGGGUGGCGCCGUGCGGAGACCUGCUGUGUCGUCCUUCUCCAGAGGGAUGCAGACGGUCACCCUGAUUCCAGGAGACGGGAUCGGUCCAGAGAUCUCUGCUGCUGUGGUGAAGAUCUUCGACGCUGCUAAAGCCCCAAUCAGAUGGGAGGAGAGGAACGUGACGGCCAUCAAAGGCCCCGGCGGAAAGUGGAUGAUCCCUCCUGACGCCAAAGAGUCGAUGGACCGCAGUAAGAUCGGCCUGAAAGGUCCUCUGAAGACGCCCAUCGCUGCCGGACACCCGUCCAUGAACCUGCUGCUCAGGAAGACCUUCGACCUGUACGCCAACGUGCGUCCAUGCGUCUCCAUCGAGGGCUACAAGACGCCUUACACAGACGUGGACCUGGUCACCAUCCGGGAGAACACGGAGGGCGAGUACAGCGGCAUCGAGCAUGUGAUUGUUGACGGCGUCGUUCAGAGCAUCAAGCUGAUCACGGAAAACGCCAGCACACGCAUCGCAGAGUACGCCUUCGAAUACGCCCGAAACAACCAGAGAAGCAGCGUGACGGCCGUCCACAAAGCCAACAUCAUGCGGAUGUCAGACGGCCUGUUCCUGAGGAAGUGCAGGGAGGUGGCGGAGAACUACAAGGACAUCAAGUUUACAGAGAUGUACCUGGACACCGUGUGUCUUAAUAUGGUUCAGGAUCCAACCCAGUUUGACGUUCUGGUCAUGCCCAACCUGUACGGCGACAUCCUCAGUGACCUGUGUGCCGGUCUGAUCGGAGGACUCGGCGUCACUCCCAGCGGGAACAUCGGCGCCAACGGAGUGGCCAUCUUUGAAUCGGUCCACGGCACCGCGCCCGACAUAGCUGGAUUGGAUCUGGCCAACCCCACCGCCCUGCUGCUCAGCGCCGUCAUGAUGCUGCGCCACAUGGGUCUGCAUGAGCACGCCACCAAGGUCCAGACAGCCUGCUUCGAAACCAUCAAGGAGAAGAAGGUGCUGACAAAGGACCUGGGAGGAAACUCCAAAUGUUCAGAGUUCACCGCUGAGAUCUGCCGUCGCGUCCAGGAUCUGGACUGACGCGGCUGAGCUGAGGGGGGCGGGGCUUGCCCAGUCCUCUGCUGACUCUGUCACUUUUUGACCUCCUUCAAUCAUCCAGGGUGGUGCCUCUGAAUGUUUAAGGAGGUGUUCUGUGUCCACAACAUUCACAUCAAAUAUAACGCACAAAUGAACGAGAUUAUAUCCGAGGAGGGGGAGGAGUUCCAACCAAAUAUCAGCUCAUCAGUGUCAUCGGCUUGUUUCAUUAACUGAUUUUUAACCGUAGUGCUCAGUCAGCGAAGCUCAAGUGUCUUAUUUAUUGUUUCUACUUCCUGUUCUGUUCGUAUUCUGCCUCUAGAACCACAAAUAUAAACUGUUCAUAUGGAAAAAAA